AUGAUGAGUACAAUGAUUUUUUUGUUUUUAAUUCAAUUUGUUUUUAUCUCCACAAAUGAAUUAACUGAAAUUAAUUCUGCAAGUACUACUAAUCAAUCGAAAUUAAAACAAAGUCGAAAUCGUGCUAGUGUACCUCAAUCUCUUACAUUGCUUAUGAAUUUUAAAAAUGAUGGAACAACAUCAUUUCAAAUUAUGCAAGGAUCGCAAAUUGUCUACUUGGAUAAUGGACUUUGUAAAUAUGGUCAAUUGUUUGACCCAGCUACUGGACGAUGUCGUGAUAUUUAUUGUCAAGAAUUGAAUCAUAAAUUUAAUGGAACUACAUGUAUACCAGAUGGAAGUAAAAAUGAUACCACUGGUUACAAACGAAUGAGUGAUAUUGAUUUAGCAUUAACCGUUGUUCUUUCACGAACUUAUCGUGAUGAAAAUACAAGUGCGAAUUUUUCUGUAUAUCUCAAUAGUCGAAUGAAUGAAACUUGUACUAAUGAUUGGUCGAAAAUGUUUCAUGAAACACUUCACAGUUAUCUCGGAAUUACCUUUGAACGUAUUAUUAAUGUUCGAUACAGUAUUGAAGAUAAUGAUGAUGACGAUGAUGAGGAUGAUGAUAAUGAUGAAGAUUUGCCAAUCUCAGCGACAAGUAGAGCUAUUGGAAAAAAUAAUAGUACAUCUGUUAUUCCAGUAAAUUCACCAUCCCUUGAUUAUACUAUUAAUCAACUCAAUAAUAAUAAAUCAAUAGUUUUAAAAUUUCAUUUUUCAAUUGCUGAUCGAGAUGAAACAUCAACAGAUGCAUUAACUGGUUUACAUGUUGUAACUCUUCUAUUACUUGCAUCAGAACGUCAUGCACUAAUUGAUUUAUGUGAAAAAUAUUCAUUUGCAGUUGAAACAUUAUCAAUCGUCUCAGAUAAAAAUAAAACUCGACAAGAAUUUUGUGAUGAUCCUGAUGUAUUAUAUCUAGCAAGAAAUGGUGUUAUACGUAGACGUAUUCGAUUAUCAGGAGAAAUUGAUUAUGUUGUCGAUGUACCUGAACUUGAAACAACAUUUGAAGGUGGAGAUUUUACUUAUUCAUUUAUAGUUUCAACAUUAACACAACAAUCUCAGAGGUCUGAAGUUGUUGCAAAACCUUCAUCAGCAAAUUCUACAUCAGCAAAAUUAGUAUAUGUUUGUAUACGUCAACCUCGAAUAGUUGAUCGUUGUCCAGAUAGUUUAGUUAUGCGUAUCGCUCUUUGUGAAGUAACUCAAUAUCAAAAUCAUUCAAUUCGAAUUAAACGUACUGGUCGUUUGUAUACCAAUCGAGAAUAUCGUUUUGAUGAAUAUCGAUCAGAUUUAUAUGUUGUUGUAUGUAAACAUGAUACACAUAAUGGAACAACACAUGGAAAAAAACUUGGUUUUCUUGAUAAAGCACCUGGAUUUCUCUCAACUAUAGCAAUAUUUCUUUCUAUAUGUGCAUUAGGUAUAACAUUAAUAACAUUUAUAUUAUUUUCUUCAUUACGUAAUUUACCUGGAUGUAAUACAAUGAAUUUAAUUAUUGCUUUAAUGGUAGCUGAAAUAUUAUUUCUAUCACAAAGUUUAUUAAUAAUGACAAGACCAGGUGUUUGUUUAUUAUUUGCAUUGGGUAUACAUUUUUUCUUUUUGGCAAGUUUUUUUUGGAUGAAUGUUAUGGCUUUUGAUCUAUGGAAAACUUUUCAUAAAGGUUUUUCACUUUAUGUUUGUGAAAUUCGAGAACGUCUACCCUAUUAUGCUUUAUAUGCAUGGGGUAUGCCUGUACUUAUUGUUUUAAUUGGUAUUAUACUUGAUGCAAGAAAUGCAACAUUAAAACCUUGUUAUGGAAGAUUUUUUCGUGGAUGUUAUGAUGUUUGUUUUCAUACAAAAAAUGAUGCGCCUUUACAAGGUUGUUGGAUUGAAUCAGCUUUGAUGCGUUUUUUAUUAUUCGGUGUUCCUGUAGCAAUUAUUCUCAUUAUUAAUUUUAUAUUUUAUGCAUUAACUGUUCGAAGUAUUCGUCGAGGUUUAAAAUCCGUUCGAGUACAAGUUGAACGUAAAUUUCAACGAAAAAAACAAGUUGUACCCGGUGAAUAUGAUGUUAAAAUUUAUAUGCGUAUGGCUGUAUUAGCUGGUUUUGGUUGGACAAUUGGUUUUAUUUUAUUUGCUUUACCUGAUAGUCCAACAGGUUUUCAACAUGUUCUUGUUACAAUAUUUAAAUAUUUAUUUAUUCUUCUUAAUGCAACACCGGGCUUAUUUAUUUUUGUUGUUUAUGUAUGUAAUCGUCGUGUUGUCGCAUUAUAUCGUGGUUUAUUUAACAAAUUUCUUCAAUUUUUUCGUUCAAAUUAUCAAACAUCGAAAGAAAUCAGUUUAAAUCAAUAUCAACUUUAUCUUAAUCAAAUAAAAUAUCAAAUAUCAAAAAUAUUUCGUAAGAAAAAUCGACAAGAUACACCAGUGAGUAUGAUAACAACAAUUAAUUCAUCGAAAACUUCGAAUCGAAUAACAUUAGAACGAUCAUCUUCCGAAACACAACAAAAAUCAUUAACAGACAUACAAACAAUUUAA